GGAAGAGAGGGUGGGGCCUGCACUCACAUGGCCCUGGAGGUCACCCACCUAGGGGUCUCCCAAAGCCAGGGUCUGUAAGCUGGAAAUGCAGUACCAACGCCCGGGACCCCAAGCAAGGCUGGGACCAGCCUGCCCGGGAUGUCGCCAACCACCUCCACGGAUCAGAAGACAGUUUGCGGCCUUGUAUAAAGGGACAUUCUACUUCCACUUUGAAAACCUAUGUUAUGCCAAUGGCCGGAAAACUACCUUCUUAUGCUACCGAGUGGAGAGACUGGCGCCUGGUCUACCUGUCUACCUUUGGAAAGGGGUCUUUAGAAAUCAGGUCUUCCCCCUGAAACAGCUCCACGCUGAGUUGUGCUUCCUCUAUUGGUUUCACAACCACAUACUGUCCCCCAAUGAGAACUACAGGAUUACCUGGUACGUGUCAUGGAGCUCCUGUCCCAACUGUGCAUGGGAGGUAGCCAGGUUCCUGGCUGCCCAUCAAAACGUGACCCUGACCAUCCACAUCGCCCGCCUCUACUACUUCUGGAACGACAGUUUCAAGCAGGGGCUUCGCAGAUUAAGUCAGGAAAGGGCACAGUUAGCCAUCAUGGACGGUCAAGGAUUUCAAUAUUGUUGGGAUGAGUUUGUAUACAAUGAUGGCAAGCCAUUCAGGCCUUGGAGGAAACUGAAUAUAAAUUUUAACUACCAGGAUCACAAUUUACAGGAGAUUCUCAGAAGUCUGCUCAAAGAAGAAACCUUCCUCAUCCAGUUUAACAACAAGCACCGUGCCCAGAAGCCCUAUCGCCGCAGGAAGACCUAUCUUUGCUACAAGCUGGAGGGGCCCAGUGGCUCCGGGCCACUUACCAAAGGCUGCCUUCAGAACAAGAAAGGUAAACACGCAGAAGCCCGCUUUGUUGAUAAGAUGCGUUCUAUGCAACUGGACCACGCGCUAAUCACCUGCUACCUCACGUGGAGCCCCUGCCUGGACUGCUCCCAGAAACUGGCUGCACUCAAGAGAGAUCACCCAGGCCUGACUCUGCGCAUCUUCACCUCCCGUCUGUACUUCCACUGGGUGAAGAAGUUCCAGGAAGGGCUACGACUUAUGUUCGCAUGCAAGAUCCAAGUGGCCGUGAUGGGCCUCCCAGAGUUCACCGACUGCUGGGAAAACUUUGUCAGCGACCAGCCCUUCAGUGCCUGGCACAAGCUGGAAGAUUACAGCCAGAGCAUAAAAAGGCGGCUCAACACCAUCCUGAUGUCCUUCAGAUUGGAUGACAUCACUGAAAACAUUGGAAAUUUACAACUUGCACCUCCAUCUUUCUGAGUGGCAAGAAAGGGGUUCAAGACGACAGCUUCUGCAACAUCAUCUAACUUCCAAACCUACUGCUCCCCCAGCCUAGAGGACCUUUCUUUCUUCUUUGUUUACUUCUGUUUCAUUUUCUCCUAUAAGUGGGUGCCCCAUUUUGUAACUGAAAAUGUAAGCUUUUUAAUUUUGUAAUUAAAAAGUCAGCAUGGUGGUUCAUGCCUAUAAUACCAA